AAUGAAGCGUGGAACAAUUAUGCCUCUCAUGAGCAACAUAACAAUAUGAAAAAUAAACCAUAACAGUACUAGGUACCAUUUGUCUUAAAUACACAUGAGUAUUUCCAUAUUUGCGCUCAUUUCCACCUACUUACAACGAUUUACAUUUAUUGGCUUCCAAUAAUUAUGUGACACAAGAUACUCGUAACCUGCCGUGGGUUGCUAUUAGGGUCAGCUAAUCCAUUAAUAAGUUCCGUUUGUUGAUGCACCUUCUACAGUGUUUUCCAAAGUGUUAAAGGAAAUGGUUUCUCAUAAAAAAACAAAACAACAAUAAAUCAGUUAACAACAACAAGCACGUUGAAGACAUCGUCGAAUUCAUUCACAAUAGUGAUCAGCUGUUUCAGUUUUUUGAUAAUACAAGUAAUCAAAGUGAUUACGUUUCUGACAAACUCGUAUCUUUAUCAUUUAUUAAACAAACUUUUUAUUAGGAAAAUUAUCAAAAUUUGUUCUAGUUCUAACAUACAUAUAGAAACAAAUCAAAAACAUGUCUAUUUUUAAGAAUGCGAGAAGAACUCACCUACUCAAAACGCUCGGGAAAUUCGACCACAUUGCAUUUCUGUCAUCGUCAGCGUCCUCAUCGGAUGCACCGGCUGCUGCACCACAGAGCAAGAGUUUCUUACAGACACUACGUUCCGAAACAUUUGGACAACCCACUUAUGUGACACAUCCACAUCUGAUAAACGAGGGUGAGCUUGUUACUGGACAAAAUGUGGAAACAUUUCGUGAGCGUCGUAUGCGACUUAUGAGUGGCAUACAAAAAUACGCUGAAGACCAUAAAGCAGAUCAACAAAUGAAAAAAUCAAAUUUGGUAAUUGUGCCGUCCGCAUCUAAGAAAUAUAUGAGCGAUAAGAUUCCCUAUGUGUUUCGUCAAAAUUCUGACUUCUAUUACUUGAGUGGUUGUCUGGAACCCGACUCUGUGCUCGUCAUGUCCAUAAACGAUAAGGAAGACAUCAAGUCCAUGCUAUUUAUGCGGCCAAAGGAUAAGCAUGCUGAAAUGUGGGAUGGCUCACGUACUGGUGUUGAGAAUGCGCCCGAAUUUUUCGGCGUUGACGAAGCAUACACAGUGCAACAAUUUUCAGAGAUACUCAAGAAGCAUAUCGCCAGCGAAAAACCACUCAUUUGGUAUGAUAUACCCGCUUCAGAUCAACAGAGCAUAACAAGCGAUGUGCAAACUGUAGCUGGCGCUAUUUCAGCGCUCAACUCACCCGCUACAUUUGUGCAAAGCAUGCGUCUAUUUAAAUCGGUUUGUGAACAAGAACUGAUGCGUAAAACAUGCCAAAUCGCUUCAAGAGCAAUAAAUGAGGUUAUAAGUGAAUCGCGGCCGGGCAUCUCAGAGCAUCACCUAUUCGCUGCAGUUGAUUAUAAGUGUCGUAUGAAGAAUGCCAGCUACUUGGCCUAUCCGCCGGUGGUGGCGAGUGGAAAUAAUGCAACCACCAUACACUACAUUAACAAUACGCAAUUGACCAAAAGUGGUGAAAUGGUGCUUAUGGAUGCUGGUUGCGAAUAUGGCGGUUACACAAGUGACAUCACACGCACAUGGCCCAUAGAUGGUACAUUCACACCCGCGCAAAAAGUCCUCUACGAUGUGUUGUUGCAAUUGCAGAAAGAGUUGAUAACUACCUUGUUGAAACCCGGUGGCGAAACAUUGGAUGAACUAUUCGAUACAAUGUGCAUCAAGCUGGGCAAGUAUUUGCAAGAAGUCGGUAUUGUGCCCAAGGAUAUCGCGGACGAUAACGGUUAUGCGCGUGCCGGUUACAAUUUCUGUCCACAUCAUGUCUCCCACUAUCUGGGCAUGGAUGUGCAUGAUACACCCCUGAUGCCGCGUACAUUGCGUAUGUUGCCGGGCAUGGUGUGCACCGUAGAACCGGGAAUUUAUAUAGCGCACGACCGCAAGGAUGUGCCGAAAGAGUUUCGCGGCAUCGGUAUACGUAUUGAGGACGAUGUGCUAAUCACCGCUGACAAUAACGUGGAGCUACUUACGGCGGAAUGUGUAAAAGAGCGUGAAGAAAUUGAAAAUAUAUUUUUAGCCAAGCGAUAAAAAACACAUUUAUUUGUAAAAAAAAAAAUAUAAUAAUUUCUACAUUGUGGUUGUAAUGUAAAGACUUGGCGGUAAAGCCAGCUUAAUUUAUUUUGUUCUAGUGUUAAAAAAAAAACUAAAAUAAACGGGUAUUAACAACUAACUAGCGAAAAUGUUUAAAAAAAUUGUGUGCUGUAUUUUUUCUUGCCAAUGAAAAUGGACAUGCGUGUCAUGGCGUCCGCAUGCGCCGUCACAUAAGUGUGCUCUGGUUCAUAGAACUCCGUUACAAUACCUGGAAGCGUUAGUUUUUAUUUAUUUAAAAAAAAAUUAUAUUAAAAAUUCGCAACUUACGCUCUUCUACGUCCUCAUAAGCUGAGAAUAGGCUUACAGGAGCUGGCUUCAUUUCGGUCAAAUGUAUGCAUUUCAAUUCAACCAAUAUUUCGAGUAGAAACAUUAUCUCCACUGGUGGCAAAUGUGGAAACUUCGCGCAAAUAUCUAAAAUCAUGCAACCCGAACGACUAAUGCAUUCGGUGAGUA